CAAAUGGCAAGAGUCCACACAUGUGGUAGAAACGAAGCUCAGCUUCAAGAACGCUUACACGAAUGGCAAGCAAAAGGAUUUCCGGUUACCACAUCUGUUUGUGACGUUUCUUCGCCUGACCAACGAGCGAAGCUCAUGGAAACUGUCUCCUCUCUCUUCCAAGGGAAGCUCAACAUACUUGUAAAUAACGCGGGAACCUCUAUAGUAAAGCCUACCACAGAAUUUUCAUCAGAAGACUUCUCAUUUCUGAUGGCUACGAAUCUGGAGUCAGCUUUUCAUCUCUCACAACUCGCGCAUCCAUUGUUGAAAGCCUCGGGCUCAGGGAGCAUUGUGCUCAUGUCCUCCGCUGCUGGGGUUGUGCAUAUGAGCGUCGGAUCCAUCUAUGGAGCAAGUAAAGGAGCAAUGAAUCAGCUGGCUAGAAACUUAGCUUGUGAAUGGGCAAUUGACAACAUAAGGGUCAACUCAGUUUGUCCGUGGUUUAUCACAACUCCUUUAGCUGUCAGCCUUUUUCGAAGUGAUGAAAAUAUUAAAGAAAAAGUGGAGAGUAGGACACCGAUGCAACGUGUUGGAGAAGCAAACGUCUCGUCGCUUGUGGCAUUUCUCUGUUUGCCUGCGGCUUCGUAUAUAACAGGUCAAAGCAUUUGCAUUGACGGAGGUGCCACUAAUGGCUUCUCUUUGCCUUAAAACACAUUUAUAUAUUAUGAAAGACUUAAAACCAAAACAUUCAUUAGAUUUUCAUUUUCUUAAUAAACUAUGUAAUUUGAUGAAAAUUAUUAAACACAUAAUUUAAACAUGUAUUUUUUUUCUUUUUA